AAACAUAAUACAGUGCAAACAAACCCAACCACCCACAGAUAAUACAUACAAUGCAAGCAUCGUCAGGCAGGCCGGGUCAAUAUCAAUCGGGCAGGUAGGUACAAGGGGAGCAAGCGGAGAAUGGUCGGGGUCACAAGCCAGGUUCAGCAGGUAGCGGGCAGAGUGGUACAGAGGGUCAGGCAGAGGGAUGGUCAGGAACGAGCCGGGGUCAGAGCAGGAGAAGUCAGCAGAGGUCAGAUCAGGCAGGGUCAGCAACAAGACAGGAACAGGAACAGGAUACAGGGCCCAGGAAAAACACACACCAAGGCAGAGUCUGCAGGUCUGGCC